CUACCUUUCUCACUGUAGAUUCGGAGUAUUACAUUUAGAUGCAUCCGUACAGGUCUCCACUCCAGAUUCCAGAGUUCUACCUUGGGGCUGUUUCGAGAACUUUGCGUUCCGGCCGUACCAUUGCUAAAUCGGGUAUAUUCCGACGAGCAGCUGAGGGAGUUCCAGCAAACGCGUAGUUCCAUCGAUAUAUAGAGAGAGAUAUACACUGAAGACCAAAAGGCAUAUCUAGGAAGUAGGAAAAUGGGUAUCAUAGAAAAGAUAAAAGAAAUUGAAGCCGAAAUGGCACGGACACAGAAAAACAAAGCAACAGAAUACCACCUUGGACAACUCAAGGCAAAAAUUGCAAAGUUAAGGACACAAUUGUUGGAGCCUCCAAAGGGAUCUAGUGGAGCUGGGGAAGGUUUUGAAGUUACAAAAUUUGGCCAUGGACGUGUUGCUCUCAUAGGAUUUCCAAGUGUGGGGAAGUCGACACUUCUGACAUUGUUAACGGGAACUCAUUCAGAAGCUGCAUCGUAUGAAUUUACAACACUUACCUGCAUUCCUGGGAUUAUACAUUACAAUGAUACUAAAAUUCAGCUGCUUGACCUUCCUGGAAUAAUUGAAGGGGCUUCUGAAGGCAAGGGACGGGGUAGGCAGGUCAUUGCGGUUUCCAAGUCAUCAGACAUUGUAUUAAUGGUCCUUGAUGCCUCAAAAAGUGAGGGUCAUCGGCAAAUAUUGACUAGAGAGCUGGAAGCUGUAGGCCUGCGUUUGAACAAGAGACCUCCUCAAAUAUACUUCAAGAAGAAAAAGACGGGGGGCAUUUCUUUCAACAGCACAGUUCUUCUGACUCAUGUGGAUGAGAAGCUUUGCUAUCAAAUUCUACAUGAGUACAAGAUACAUAAUGCAGAGGUAUUAUUCCGUGAGGAUGCAACUGUUGAUGAUCUCAUAGAUGUCAUUGAGGGGAAUCGUAAAUACAUGAAGUGUAUAUAUGUCUACAACAAGAUAGAUGUUAUUGGUGUUGAUGACGUGGACAAACUAGCACGGCAGCCAAAUUCUGUUGUCAUUAGCUGCAAUUUGAAGCUGAAUUUGGACAGACUGCUUGCAAAGAUGUGGGAGGAAAUGGGGCUUGUAAGAAUUUAUACAAAGCCACAGGGGCAACAACCUGAUUUCACAGAUCCAGUGGUUCUCUCUGUGGACAGAGGUGGCUGCACUGUAGAGGACUUCUGUAAUCACAUACACAGGAAUCUGGUGAAGGAUGUAAAGUACGUGCUGGUCUGGGGAACAAGUGCAAGGCACUACCCACAGCAUUGUGGUCUUGCUCAUGUUCUCCAUGAUGAGGAUGUAGUCCAGAUUGUGAAGAAAAAGGAGAAGGAAGAUGGGGGGAGAGGUCGGUUCAAGUCACAUUCAACAGCCCCGGCCCGAAUAUCUGACAGAGAAAAGAAGGCCCCGUUGAAGACAUGAGUACGUCAACAAGAUGUGCAAAUUGGGAUUUUUUCUCCAGCAUUUUGCUUGGCGUCAAAGAAUGAGUGGUUAAGAGUAUAAUUUAUUUGCAAGUCAUGUUGCAUUAUGAAAUUAUUUGGUAUGCUUCAUGCUGUCCAUCUUGAAAUGAACAUCAUUCAAACAGGUUCAUGUCAGGUUCGCCAUUCAUUCUUUUGUUAGGAUAUUCAUCUAAACUUUUACGAAUUAUUGUUUGGGGGGGUGCCAAUCUGGUAACUAUAUUCUACAUUUCUAUUAUGUAAACCUUCAAGGACUGCUCCACAUGUUGUCGACCCUCACAGAAGUAUUAUCUGGGUAAGUACUUCAUAUUUCAAGAGCGUCAGUUCUACU